GUCUUGUUCACCAAUCAACGUCAACGGUUACAUUGUGUUCAACGGCCAGAGGAGAAAAAAAACUGCAAACCGGACAAACUCCAACACAGAGCUACACACACCGCAGACACACAACAUGACCGUUUGGCUAUGAGACAUCAGGAGCCAUGGCGGGUUGGCACCGGAUAACUGCAUUGUCUUCGCUGCUCCAAGUCGGUUUGUUAUUGUUGCUGUUGUCGGCUCGGAGCAGCGGGAGACCGCAGGGGAAAUGUCUCGGCGACAAGUCUUGUCAGCCCGCAAGACCUCCCGUGGUCCUCAUUCCUGGGGAUCUGGGAAACCAGUUGGAGGCAAAGCUGGAUAAACCCAGUGUGGUCCAUUACAUCUGCUAUAAGAAGACUGACUCCUUCUUCACUCUGUGGCUCAACCUGGAGCUGCUGGUCCCUGUAGCCAUAGACUGUUGGAUAGACAACAUACGAUUGAUCUACAACAGGACCACACACACCACCUCGUCCCCUCCGGGUGUGGACAUCCGUGUCCCGGGGUUCGGACAGACAUAUUCACUGGAGUAUCUGGACCCCAGCAAACGCAGUGUGGGCAUGUAUUUCUUUACUAUAGUGCAAGCACUGGUAGACUGGGGCUACACCAGAGACGACGAUGUCAGAGGAGCUCCUUAUGAUUGGAGGAAAGCCCCGAAUGAGAAUAAAGAGUAUUUCCUGGCACUGCAGCGGAUGAUUGAGGAGAUGGCAGAGAAAGCAGGUGGGCCCGUGGUGCUCAUCGCUCACAGUAUGGGCAACAUGUACACCCUGUACUUCCUCAACCAGCAGCCUCAGGCCUGGAAAGACAAAUACAUCAAAGCUUUCAUCUCCCUGGGACCACCGUGGGCCGGGGUGGCCAAGACACUCCGCGUGAUCAUCUCUGGUGAUAACAACCGCAUCCCAGUGAUCAGCCCAUUGAAGAUUCGCUCCCAGCAGCGUACUGCUGUCUCCACCUCCUGGCUGCUCCCCUAUGCCCACUCUUGGCCCAAAGAUGAGGUCCUGGUGCAGACACCCACCACCAACUACACUAUGCAGGACUACAAACGGCUGUACUCAGACAUCGGUUUUGAGGAUGGCUGGCUGAUGAGACAGGACACAGAGCCACUCGUAGCUGACCUCACGCCCCCCGGCGUGGCCGUCCACUGCUUAUACGGCACCGGCAUCAGCACAUCUGAGGCCUUCCGGUACUCCGACAAGUUCCCAGACGUGGAACCCACAGUGGUGUUUGGUGACGGGGAUGGGACAGUGAACCUGCGAAGCGCCAUCCAGUGCAAGCGAUGGGUGGGAAAGCAGAAACAGCCCGUGAUGUUACAAGAGCUUCCGGGGAACGAACAUGUGAACAUGUUGUUGAACUUCACGACCGUGGCUUACAUCAAGACCGUGCUGUUCUCGCCCUGAUGCUACCAGACACUCAGGGACAGGCUGGCAGGGAGACUCACAUCCACUCACAUCCACUGUAAUAUUUAAACUUUAUACUGAGACACACACACAACCACAUGAAGGACAGACAGGGACAGGCUCAUCUCGUCUGUCUCUCUGAACAUUGACUGCCAAAAUACUCCCCUGUACACGCUGCGUCGCUCAAGAAAAAGUAUUAAACUUUUGUAGUAAAAUUAUAGAAUCAAAGUUUUAAAUUAAUUUUAUAGCUGUAAUUAUAUGAUUUAUGUUAAUGUCAGGUUGUUUACUGUUGGACAAGCCUAAAUACGAUGACUUUUAUAUUUGUCUCAGAUUUUUAAGAACCCAGGAUUUUACCUACUAAAUCCAUGUUACGAUAAAGGACAUAUCAAAAACCAGGGAUAUACUGUGUGUGCCACUUUCUGAACAAUUAAGAGAAGUCAGAUCUGUUAUCAGUGUUGUGAAAGAGAUUUCUGAACUCCUCCAGUGCAACAGGUCACAUGUGGCAGUUCUUGGCAUAUAUUUGAAUGAGUUAACAAACCUCAGCAGACUUUUACCAAAAACAACUUCAUUUUUUGUGCUUUGAUUUCAUUGGAUUUCUAGUGAGCCUCUUGUUGAUUUUUUUUUUUUUUUUGCAUGCAGACAAGCUGUAAGUCCCUGAUGGUCCAAGAACUUUUUUUAAAUUUUUAUUAUGUUGUCCAUGUUACAUGAGUCGUGUACUGCAGGACCUGGGAUAUGGAAGUUGAUGUUAGUCAUGUUGAAGCCACUCAAGGGUCAAACAAGAAGAUUUUUCAGCAGUUUCAGAAAAAAAAAAAAUCUUUGCUACUUGCUAGCUCUCUCCGAAGCUUUGAGCUGCAUCUCAUGGCCUUAAUCAGUGAAAGUAGUUGGCUCCAGUCAUUGAACUUGAGCUCAGUUGCUCACUUGAUGCAGUGGUGAAGA